AUUAAUAUCUCAUAGCAAUUGGAAACGUUUGCGUGCAAUCAUGUCUGCCGCAGUCGCUUUGUUCUUGCUAUCAUUGUCAAUUACGUGUAAUGAUGCAGCUCGAAUACUGGCUAUGUUUCCAGUACCUUCAAUCAGCCAUCAAGUAGUGUUCAGACCUUUUACUCAAGAAUUAGUCAGUAGAGGACACCAAGUGACAGUCAUCACACCAGAUCCUGCGUUCCCAAAAGGAGGAGCACCAGCUAACCUAACAGAAAUCGAUGUUCAUGAUUUUUCUUAUGAAACCUGGAAGUCUCUUUACGAAGUAACGUCGACUGGUGAUACUGAUUUGAUCCUGCAGAUGACAGUAGCAUUUUCUAUAAUAGUGGAUAUUGUUGAGAUGCAGUUGAAGUUGGAUGCCGUGCAGAAGCUUUUAAAGGAGGAGAAGUUUGACUUGCUGCUGUUAGAAGCUUGUGCCAAACCAUCGUUGGUGUUAUCACAUGUGUAUAAGGUACCAGUGAUUCAAGUGUCGUCCUUCGGUCCAAUGAAUUUCAACGUCGAAACAAUUGGGUCAGCCUGGCAUCCGUUGCUCUAUCCAGGGAUUUUAACGAAACGUUCGCUCAAUUUGUCUAAAUGGGAGAAACUUGUGGAAUUGUGGAACUUUUAUAGAAUCGAAAAUAUUCUGAAGGGUGUUGAAAAUUCGGAGAACGAAAUGGGUAAACGACUGUUUGGACCAGAUGUGCCAACUAUGAGUGAAUUGAAGAAUAAUGUUGAUAUGCUGUUUUUGAAUGCCCAUCCGAUUUGGGAAGGGAAUCGUCCAGUGCCACCUAGUGUUAUUUAUAUGGGAGGGUUACAUCAAAAACCUCAAAAAGAAUUACCAGCGGACCUCAAAAAGUACUUAGACUCUUCAAAGAAUGGCGUGAUUUACAUCAGCUUCGGUACAAACGUCCAACCUUCACUGCUACCACAAGACAGAGUGCAGAUGAUGGCCAAAGUCUUCUCUAAACUUCCUUACGACGUGCUGUGGAAGUGGGACAAGGAAGAACUGCCAGGACGCUCUAAGAACAUCAAGAUAUCAAAAUGGCUGCCACAAUCUGAUCUUUUAAGGCAUCCGAAAAUCAAGUUAUUUAUAACACAAGGAGGUUUACAAUCAACUGAUGAGGCUAUAACUGCAGGAGUUCCUCUUGUUGGAUUUCCUAUGUUAGGAGAUCAAUGGUAUAAUGUGGAAAAAUAUGUCCAUCAUGGAAUCGGACUACAACUGGAUCUGCUUUCAACAAAUGAGGACGAAUUUAAGAAUGCCAUUCACACUGUUAUAAAUGAUGAGAGUUACCGAAACAAUGUAGAAAAGUUACGCAGUGUGAUGUACGACCAGCCUCAACCUCCACUGGAACGAGCUAUAUGGUGGACGGAACACGUGCUGCGUCACGGUGGUGCGAGACAUCUGCGAGGACCUGCAGCCAACAUGUCGUGGGCAGAGUACCUCGAACUGGAAUUAGUAUUAAUAGUACUAGCUAUAGUAACAUGUUUCCUUCUAGUAUUAUCAUUGAUCGUAUACUGCUUAUGGAAAUUCGUAAAGAUGCAAAUGAAGUACAGAAAGUUAAAAGAUAAUUGA